AAUGUCUGGCGGCAACCUAAAGACCUACAAAGCGAGCUGUCUGUGUAGCGGAGUAAAGUUCACCCUGCAGGGCGAUCCCUUCCACUUCGUCGUCUGCCAUUGCCAGAACUGCAAGAAGGCCAGCGGGUCGGCGUUCGUCACGAAUGCACUGUUCCAGUCUUCGAAAGUGACAAUAACCGAAGGCCAGGAGCUCAUUUCGAACUACAAGGAUGGAAACACUCUGAGCGGGAACGUCAUCACCCGGUGCUUCUGUUGGAAGUGCGGCUCGUCUCUUUUUGUCAAGCCCGCGAAGGAGGGUAUCACGAUCACCCAUCCGGGCCUUGUUGAUGAGCCCGCAGUGGAUUGGGUUCCGACGAAAGAGUUUCAUAAGAACGAUCAGUUCGCUUGGGUGAAAGAGUUGACAUUUCAUAUGAAGAAAGUGCAGAAACUUUG